UGGCAUUGUGCAUCAAAACCAGCGAGAUUUUCCGAUAAAACCCCGAAGAAAACUCGUUUUUCUUGCCUUUCGCCGGUCAAAGCAUGAGCAUAAAUACCCAAGGCACAUCAGGAAGUACGAAUUUGAGCGUUAUUGAAAGUGUAAAUAUCGAAAGUACCAGAAGAAGUUCCUCCCGUUCUAUCAAGCGAAAACGAUUUGAUGACGAGAUCGUUGACUACGGCGUGACCUCGAACCAACUUUGCAAGACCGGAAAUAGUCGAAUUCGAACGCAAAGUCAAACGACGUUAUUUGAACCGCCUUUAGCCUCGCCCGGAGUUUCUGUUCCAGUUGCUGCGGAAGUUGCGCCGGCUGUAGUUGAACCUCCUCCCGUUUUUAGUGCACCGACAACUUCGUCGAUUCCGAGCCCGAUUUCGCUUCCAAUUAUGGCGCCGAAGAAUCAGCGAUCGUUGAAACACAACAAAUCUCGCCCGGGCAGAAGACGCGGGCCGGGACACGUAAAUACGAAAGAUUUGGGACGAUGGAAGCCCAUGGAUGACUUGAUGCUCAUCACGGGCAUCCAACAAACGAACGACAUCAAAACCGUACAUCGUGGCGUAAAAUUUUCGUGUAAAUUCACGUUGCAAGACUUGCAAUCGCGAUGGACCACGUUGAUGUACGAUCAGUCGAUUUCACGUUUGGCCAUCGCUUCGAUGCAAAAUUUGCACGAAGAAUUGAUCGAAACUGUCAACUCAAAGGCACUUUUUUCGAAUCAGGAGGAAGAAUUGCUCGGCACGAUCCCAAGUACGGCAAAUCCCACGGAAGAGGAAUUCAAAAAUUUAUUGGAUAAAAAUUCGAUAAUUUUUUUCCCGUCACGCACCGCAAAAGCUCUUCUCAAUCAUUGGUUACUUUUGAAGCAAUACAACCUUCUGCCAGACCAAACAGUCCAACCUUUACCUCGAGCGGAGCAAGUUUUGUCAUUUUCCGACUGCGAAGAUCAAAUAAACGACAACGAAUUGGGCGAUCAUCGUGACGAGCCACUCGAAGUUGAACUUGCGCUUGCCGAUCGUCGUGCCAAGAUGGAAAUUCGUUCGCUCGAAAACGAACUCAGUCGAUGGGCAGUUCUCGUUGACUCGUUGACAGUAUCAGGCUCACCUCUAAUCGCGCCAGAAUUCGAUAAUCAAACGCUUGCCGUGCUCCGUGGAAGGUUAGUUCGGUAUCUGAUGCGUUCCCGUGAAAUUACCUUUGGACGACAGACGAAGGAUAAUAGCGUCGAUGUCGAUCUCGCACUCGAAGGCAUCGCGAAUAAAGUUUCGCGGAAACAGGGAACGAUAAAAUUGCGAUCAAAUGGGGACUUUUUCGUGUCGAACGAUGGCAAACACACGAUUUUUAUCGAUGGACAGCCCAUUUUGCCGGCACACAAAGCGAGAUUGAGUAAUAAUUCGGUGUUGGAAGUUGCCGACUUGAAAUUUGUCUUUUUGAUCAAUUAUGAGUUGAUAAAUGCGAUACGGCAUGAGAGUGCGAAGCUGAAUAUGCCGCUGAAUUGAAAAAAAUUAAAAAAUAAUAUUAAGUCACUUGAUUUAUAAAAUAAUAAAAUUAAUUUUUUUUUAAAUUUUGUUCAAAAUUUGAAGAAAAUAAUUUGCUAAAAAUUAAAAAAAAAUUGUUAAUAAUUUAGGAGCUGUAAAUAUUUAUCAAAAAAUAAUAAAAUAAAAUAAAUUUGGUAUU